AUGUCAGGCCCAAUCCGCAAAGGCCUCAGCUCAAUCCUCCAAAAAGCACCCACCGACAUCGUAAUCCUCUCCUCCCUCCGCACACCCAUAACUCGCUCCUACAAAGGCCACCUAAAGGACGCCUACCCCGAAGAGCUCCUCGCGACCGUCCUCCGCGCCACGCUCGCCGCAAACCCCAAUCUCGACCCGGCCCUCAUCAACGAUGUCGGCAUCGGUGUCGUGCUCUCAGAACUCGGCGGUUCCAAGGCAGGACGCAUGGCCAUGAACCACGCCGGCAUCCCUACCACCACAUCCUUCUACACGGUCAACAGAGCGUGCAGUUCCAGUCUGAGCGCCAUCACGAAUGUAGCGCAUCAGAUUGCUACGGGCAUGAUUGAUGUCGGGAUUGGGGGAGGGAUGGAGAGCAUGACGCGUAAUUAUGCCUCUAGAGCUAUUCCUACCGUCUUGUGGCCUGAGCUGGUUGAAAGCAGCGUCAAGGACGCGAGGGAUUGCAUUAUGCCCAUGGGCCUGACGUCUGAGAACGUAGCAGAGCGAUACGGUGUCAGCCGUGCAGACCAAGAUGCGUUUGCAGUACAGUCGCAUCAGCGGGCCGCGAAAGCACAGGCGGAUGGACUAUUCGAUAAGGAGAUCGUGCCGGUGCAGACACGAUAUCAGGAGAUUGACAAAAGCGGGAAGAAGGUGGGGGAAAUUCAGGAUGUUACUGUUACUAGGGAUGAUGGCAUUCGGACGAAUAUUACCUUGGAGGGGAUGGCCAAGCUGAAGCCUGCGUUCAAGCAGGGUGGGACGUCGACGGCGGGGAAUUCGUCGCAGAUUUCAGAUGGGGCUGCGGCGACGCUGAUGAUGAGACGGAGCACGGCUACUGAGCUCGGGCUUUCGAGUUCGAUUAUCGGGAAGUGGGCGGGGUCGCAGGUUGCGGGGUGUAGGCCUGAUGAGAUGGGCAUUGGGCCUGCGCUUGCUAUUCCGAAGUUGUUGGAAUAUACGGGCUUGAAGACGGAGGAUGUGGGGCUUUGGGAGAUCAAUGAGGCGUUUGCUAGCCAGGCCAUCUAUUGCUUGAGACAGCUGGGCCUAGAGAAGGCAAUGGAAGAGGGCCGGGUGAACCCUAAGGGUGGUGCCAUUGCUCUUGGCCAUCCCCUUGGAGCUACAGGUGCGAGGAUGUUAGCAGACCUGCUGCCAGAGAUGGAGAGACAGGGUCUACAGACUGGUGUUGUGAGUAUGUGUAUUGGCACUGGUAUGGGUAUGGCAGGAUUGUUCGUAAGAGAAUAA